UCUCUCAGAAAAGAUCCUCAAGUUGUACGUUAUAAAAAAAUGUCACAGCCACGGUACUUCCAUGAAAACGAUUUCAACAAAUGGUCUUUAAGAGAUGCAUUUGAGGAUUACCUUCCAAAAUUUAACUAUGAUUACCAAAGAACAAAAGAUGCAUUAGUAAAAGAUCUUCACGAACUAUCUGUUUCAUCUUUAAUUUUUAAAAGUGCUACGAAAAAAGCAAACGAUCUUUUACAAGACCUCAAAAAAAAUAAUACAUCUCUUAAAAAUCUGGCUGAUCAAUUAAAGCCCUGUCAUAGCGUUGUUAACGUCUCUCACAAUAAUAUAAAUACUAUCAAUAUUAACACUGGUAAUUUUAAUGACAAGCUAGCAAUGAAAACACUAAUUAAAUGGUAUGUUCAGCCAGCACUGUAUUAAACAAAGAAUCAGUUCAAAAAGAACACGAAGAGGUUGAUCUUGAAGAUAGUCCAUUCAUUGAUCAUACACCACUUGACUCUAUAAGGACUAAAAUAUUAAGAUACCGAGCCAAUGCAAAAUACAUACAUGAACCACAUAAACAAGACUUGCUUUUCCAUGGUAUUGUUGAUUUAACCCCUUCUUCAUCAACGAAAUUAAGAGAAGUUAUUGAUGAUGAUGAAAUCAACAUAUUGACUUCCAAGUUAAUGAAAGACGAAAUUAACAAAGAACACAUUCAUGAGUUGAAAGAGUUUGCCUUUGGUGUUUUUCAUGAUAAGGACAACUCGCAAAAUCUCGAAAAAAUCUUGAAAGCUGCAAAGCUUGCCCUUGUUGAUCAAAAUGAUGAUGAUUGUCAAUCAAAGAAACAAGUAUUGAAGAUGAUGAAGCACUGUCUUAGAAGCCAUGAAGAUGGGAAAUCCUCCUUACUUCUCAAACAAGGCGAAAUGAACUAUAUUGUCUCUUUCAUGGGUCCGUUGAUAAAAACUCUAUUGCAAUACAAUGCAGAUAAGAUGAAGUUAAUCUGGGGUGACCAGAGCCUUGAAGUUGAUAAACAAGAAAAGCAAAGUGUGCAAAAAGAUGAUGAAAGAAGGGCACAAGGAAAGAUUCCAGACGCGAUUAUUUAUCUAACAAACCAUGACUAUCCCUUCGUAAUCCUAGAAGUCAGCGGGCCACCAAACAUCACAAAUCACAACCACUUUGUCGGCGACAAAAUCAAAAUGGCCAAACACUUGAAGUGUAUUCUAAAGUCAUUAAGAAGGACAAUUAGCUCUGGUGAUGAAGGCAUUUAUGAAGAAAUAAAUGUCUAUGGCAUUCAAGUCUACUUAAACAAAAUGUACAUUUAUAGCUUCUCUCAGCCAUUCCGCGGUGUUUAUGUGUACAGAGAGGAACUCUCUUUUGCUCUCACUCGUCCAUUUGGGUUGCAAAAGAAUUUCCUCCCUAGGCUUGUAAAAAGCAUGUUUAUAGUCAAGGUUUGUAUGAAAACCUAUCAUUUUAGUAUCUAACAAAUGAUUACUUUGUCAACAAUAGUCUCUCCUCGAAAGCAGCGCUACUUCGAUUGAGAAAUUCAUCCAUAGCGAAGAUGGUGAUGACGCUUCUGACGAUUCAAGGGAUACUGUCUUUGUUUCACCAAAGAAACAAAAAACAAGAGAAUAAUAAAUAUAGCGCAUAUGUGCAGUAAAUAGGAAGUUUACAUCAUAAGGAUAUCUUAAAAAA